AUGAGUGUGGAAAAUGUUAAGUUUAUUGACUAUCCUAACUAUUUUCCCAUGCCUUUAUUAAAAUUACCUAAAGCUUUUGGGUUCAAACAUGUAAAGAAGCCCUAUGUUCCCCACUUAUUUAAUAAAAAGGAGAACAGGGAUUAUAUAGGUCUUUUACCAGCUCUGGAAUACUAUGAUCCUUAUAAUUUAAAGUACACUCCUACCCUCGAUGAAAAUACAGAUACUAGAACACAACUUGUGGAUUGGCAUGAAAAAGAUAAAAAUUACAACUUUGAUUUCCAGGAGCAAAUUAUAUUAUACUAUACUCGUAUAUCUGACGUAGAUAUAUUAAGCCGUGCUUGUUUAAAAUUCAGAGAAAUGUGGAUUAAAGAGGAAGGAGUAGACCCUUUUACUGAAGCUAGUACACUUCCAGGGACCUGUAAUAAAAUAUUUUGUAGGAAUUUUCUAAAACCCAAUACGACAAACAGUCUUAAAGUGCCAAACAGUGGUUAA